AUGUGUAAACCUCUCAAGUGCGUGGCGCGUCAAGUGAAAUACGACGACCCGAUGUCCUUGUUUCUGACUAAGGCUUCAAUUUUGCCGGCUUCCAUGGCAAGAGAACAACGCCUUGCAACCGUCCUGAAGGCUUUGCUGAAAGUUACAAAAGGCAAGGCAAUGCAGCUGGAAUGGAUGUGUGAGGUGGUAAAGGGUCUAUCAAGGUAUCAUGAUGAAGUGCUCGUGCUGCUGGCGGACGACGUGUUUACAGAUUGGGAGUAA